UUUUCAAUCUUCACAAUUAUUGUGUUAUUAAUUUUUUUAUAGGUAUUUGAUAUGUAUUUCUAUAAUUAAUUUUAGACCUGCCGCAGUAGAUAUAUUUCUAAUGGAAAUCGGAUCUGCAGCUCAACAAGGAUAUGAAUCAGAGCCCAGAAGUAAUUCUGGAAGGAUCGUGUUUAUUUUAACGCUAAUUUCGCUCAUGUUUUUGUAUACGUCAUUUUCGGCCAGUAUUGUGGCUCUACUACAGUCGACAACUGAAAGCCUGAAUACGUUGGAGAGCUUGUUUCAAUCCAGAAUUCCCGUUGGGUUCAAGGAAAAUAUUACUAUGGAUUAUUUCAAUGAGUUAAAGCACGACCAGAAAAAAACUAAAGAGUUUGUAAAGAAAAUUAGCAAGCCUGAAUUUAUGUCUACCGAGCAAGGAAUUAAAAGGGUGCAGAAGGACUUUUUUGCAUUCUAUGGAGACACUUAUGAAAUUUACAAAUAUGUCAAUGACUGGUUCUAUGAAAAUGAAAAAUGCAGCUUGAGAGAAAUAAAGUUUAAAAACACACACGUCAACUAUUGGUUGUUUAUGAAGAAAAAUUCCAGCUAUCAAGAUAAACUAAGGACAGGGAUGCACAAAAUUCAUGAAACUGGCAUUCAAAGCAGAGAAUAUAGAAGACUUUUUGCUACAAAACCCACCUGUGAUGUAAUGGGAGGUAAUUUUGAAAGUGUUGGCUUAUCAGAUAGCUAUGGAGCUUUUUUGGGUAGUUAUGGUUGGAGGGGUGCUACUGAGUGUUUUACUAUUUCUAGUAGAAAAAAUUUGGCAAAGGUUUUAUUCGAAGAUUAA